AGGCUGACAAUGGUCCUGGUGUCGGGGUCCCAGCUCCACUGCUGCUGCUGGGAGUGUGCCUUGCAGCUGGCCAGGCUGAUGCUGCUGGUGUCGUGGAGGGAGACACGAAUGCACUUUUCCAGAUAUGAGUGGCCAAGCUUUGGAAAGGAGGCUGUGAACACCUGCAUGCAUCAUCCUGGAUUUUCUGUCCACCAGUGGGAGUGAAAGAAUUCAGCAGCAAAGUUUCUGCAAAGCAAUCAUGGACAGUCGGGUUAUUCACCGCCUGGGAAAACAUGGAAAUGCCCCAAAGGGUACUGCCAAAGAAAGGCCUAAAAAUGUCACACCUGUGAAGCAGAAGCCCUCCAAGGAGCUGAGGCCCAUGCUCGGGGCCAUCUUGCUGGGCCUCAUGCUGUUCAUCGCCGCGGUGGUGGCCUGGUGCUACUACACGGUGUCCCUGCGGAAGGCGGAGCGGCUCAAGACGGAGCUGAUGGACCUGCGGGCGGACGGCUUCGUCAUCAGGAACCAGCACGGGGAGGUGGUGUUCCGGCUGGCCUUCCGCUCGGGCAGCCUGGACCUGGAGUCGUGCUCCAAGGAGGGCGAGAUCCUGAGCUGCACGCGGUCGAGCCGGGGGCCGCUCAACUUCUUCAUCCAGACGGUGAAGCCCAAGGACACGGUGAUGUGCUACCGCGUGCGCUGGGAGGAGCUGGCGGCCGGCCCGGCGGUGGAGCACACCAUGUUCUGGGAGGACGCCCACUGGUACGGGGGCUCGGAGAUGAGCACCCAGCACUGGCCCAUCCGCCUGGCCGGCUACCAGGAGCCCGUGCCCUACGUGACCAGCGACGUCUACUCCUUCCGCGACAGCUUCGGCGGCAUCCUGGAGCGCUACUGGCUCUCCUCCAAGGCGGCGGCCGUCAAGAUCAACGACUCCGUGCCCUUCCACCUGGGCUUCAACGCCACUCAGCGCGCCCUCUUCUUCCAGGCCCGCUACAAGGACUCUCCCUACAAGCCCCCGCCGGGGCAGCCGCCCUUCCCCGAGCUCAGCUACCGCGUCUGCGUGGGCUCCGACGUCACCUCCAUCCACAAGUACAUGGUGCGCAGGUACUUCAACAAGCCCUCCAAGAUCCCCGCUGAGAAUGCCUUCCGGUACCCCAUCUGGUCCACCUGGGCACUCUACAAGAAAGACAUUGACCAGGAUAAAAUUCUGCAGUUUGCGAGAAACAUUAAGAAGUACCAUUUUAAUUGCAGCCACAUAGAGAUCGAUGACAUGUACACCCAAGCCUAUGGGGACUUUGACUUUGACCCUGUCAAGUUCCCCAACGUGACAGAGAUGUUUGCAAAAUUGAGGGAAGAUGGGUUCAAGGUCACUCUGUGGAUCCAUCCCUUCAUACACACAGAUUCCUCCAAUUUUGGUGUGGGGAUUGAGCGUCAGCUGUUCAUCAAGGAGCCCUCAGGGCAGCUGCCAGCCAUGGUGGAGUGGUGGAAUGGCAUUGGGGCCAUCCUGGACUUCACCAACCCAGCAGCCCGGGACUGGUUCCAGAGCCACCUGCGCCAGCUCCGGCACAAGUACGGCAUCUCGUCCUUCAAGUUUGAUGCGGGCGAGACCAGCUACCUGCCCAAGCAGUUCAGCACCUUCCGCCCGCUCUCGGACCCCAGCAUCUGGUCCCGGCGCUACACGGAGAUGGCCAUCCCCUUCUACGAGCUGGCCGAGGUGCGGGUGGGCUACCAGUCCCAGAACAUCUCCUGCUUCUUCCGCAUCAUCGACCGCGACUCCGUCUGGGGCUACGAGCUGGGCCUCAAGUCCCUCAUCCCCACGGUGCUCACCAUCAGCAUGCUGGGGUACCCAUUUGUACUGCCAGAUAUGAUCGGAGGGAACUUCCUCCCCAACAAGACAGAGGGGGCGGUGGAGAUCCCCGACCGGGAGCUGUACGUGCGGUGGCUGGAGCUGUCGGCCUUCAUGCCCUCCAUGCAGUUCUCCAUCCCGCCCUGGCUCUACGACAAGGAGGUGGUGGAGAUUGCCCAGAAGUUCACGGAGCUCCACGAGUCGCUGGUGGCCCCGCUGCUGCUGGAGCUGGCCGGGGAGGUCACCGACACGGGCGACCCCAUCAUCCGGCCCAUCUGGUGGAUCUCGCCCCGCGACGAGGCCACUCACAGGAUCGACUCCCAGUUCCUCAUCGGGGACACCCUCAUGGUGGCCCCUGUCCUGGAGAUGGGCAAGCAGGAGCGGGAUGUCUACCUGCCAGCGGGCAAGUGGCGCAGCUACAAGGGGGAGCUGUUUGAGAAGACGCCAGUGCUGCUCACCGACUAUCCCGUUGACCUGGACGAAGUUGCCUAUUUCCUCUGGGUGUCCUAACAUGGUCCUCAUCAGUGUGCAAUGGACUCAGUGAUUAAUUAACCAACAGCUUUAAUGAUCUGGGACUUUGUGUAGUUUUUUAAGUAGAAGUACUUCCUUAUGAAAUUUGAAGAUAACACUGAGACUUCUGUUUUUUGUGGCAAGUGGUGCUCAAUAACUAAUUAAUAUAUAUUGCAUGGGUGUCUUUGUUAUUGCAGUGUGACAAGUGCAAUGUAUAGAAACACAGUCUCUGCUCAUAAUCUCUUCCCACCAAGAAAUGCCAUGCACGCUUGUUGUUUAUAAAGGAAAUUACAUGGACUCCUUUGUUACCCAGUUUCACAGAUGAUCCCCUGAGGUAUUUAAAAUUUCAUGUGCUUAGUGAAGGAGGCAGCUGCAGCAAAUUACUUUUUUUUUUUACAAAAAGCAGUCUGUGGUUAUCCUGGAGAGGAAGGCACCCAAACUGCAGCCUGCACAACAGAUGGGAGCUGAUGCAGGAGUGAAGAGGAGUUUACACUGUCGCAUGGGCUGAGCUAUCUGAGCAAGGGGAAUAAAGCCACAGCAAUGGCUAAUGCUGUGGCAACUGUUUCACCCCUUUCAUGAAUCACUGAGAAUCAGGUCCAUGGUGUGAAUUCAAGUAAACCUGCAAAAUGUGGUGAAAUCUCAUGGUAGUAAAGACUAAAACAUAGUACCAAGUCAGGGUUUAGAUUUGAUAGGAUCCCUGUGUGUUUUGGGACCAUGUUUAGAGCCAAGGGGUGCACAAUCUGUCAGGUCCUAAGAGUGAACUUGGCCUCCUCAGAGAGUUCAGACAACAAACCAGCCCGAGUGCCCUGCUGCCUCAGUUUCCCCAUUGAAAAUGUUCUCCCAUCUUGUUCUAAUGGACAUCCCUGUCUAUAAACCUGUACCCUGUCUGUACAAGGGACUUCUCCUGAGUGAAGGUGUG